CUUGACCCUCCUGCAGAGCGAGCCAUUGCCAGACACGAGGUCCGGGAGGUGGAGCAGCGGCACACACACGAUGGCCUGCGGGAGCGAGAAUCAGCCGCCGUUCAGUCAGACGGCGAGGACGACCUGGUGAUCAUCUACAACCGCGUGCCCAAGACGGCCAGCACCUCCUUCACCAACAUCGCUUACGACCUGUGUGGGCGGAACCACUACCAUGUCCUCCACAUUAACACCACUAAAAACAAUCCGGUGAUGUCCAUCCAGGACCAGGUCCGCUUUGUGAAGAACGUGACUGAAUGGAGAGACAUGAAGCCAGCUUUCUACCACGGACACGUCUCCUUCCUGGAUUUCACCAAGUUUGGAGUGAUGAGGAAGCCCGUCUACAUAAACAUGAUCCGUGACCCGAUUGAGAGGCUGGUGUCCUAUUAUUACUUUCUACGCUUUGGAGAUGACUACAGGCCCGGCCUGAGACGCAGGAAACAAGGAGAUAAGAAGACCUUUGAUGAAUGUGUAUCAGCUGGUGGCUCCGACUGUGCUCCUGAGAAGCUCUGGCUCCAGAUUCCCUUCUUCUGUGGUCACUACUCCGAGUGUUGGAACGUGGGCAGUCAGUGGGCGCUGGAGCAGGCCAAGUACAACCUGGUGAACAGGUACCUGCUGGUCGGAGUAACGGAGGAGCUGGAGGACUUCAUCAUGAUGCUGGAGGCCGCGCUGCCGCGCUUCUUCAGAGGAGCUACUGAGCUGUACAAGACAGGCAAGAAAUCCCACCUCCGGAAGACCAGUGAGAAGAAGCCGCCCACAAAGGAGUCCAUUACCAAGCUGCAGCAGUCGGCCAUCUGGAAGAUGGAGAACGAGUUCUACGAGUUUGCUCUGGAGCAGUUCCAGUUCGUCAGGGCGCACGCGGUCAGAGAAAAGGACGGGGAGCUCUACCUGCUGGCACAAAACUUCUUCUACGAGAAAAUCUACCCCAAAAACUGAGGAGGCUGGUUUCCGGGGGUAGUUUCAGAGGAGCCCGGGGCUUUUGGUACGGGUAAAGUAGCUGUGCUUUCUGAAGGAAGGGUGGAGACUUCCUGCUGAUGGAGAACAGAAGGUGGAGAAGCAACCGAACUGGACAGUCAGCUGGUUGUUCCUAGCAGCUUCCCGAGCGAGGCGCCCUACUGGCAUGAGAGAGACGGACAGCUGUGUACUGUCUGGUUGUGUUUGAUGUCUUUGAGACGAUUGUUGUUCAUAUGUACAAACUAACCUUUUAUAUGGCGAACGCCACCCUCACGCCUCACUCCUGCUGCUGACGCUCACACACUGUAAAAAGCUGGCUGUGAUGUUUUCUUAUUAGACUGGAAUAAAACGUCGGAUUCUUUUCUGACCCUA